AUGGAGCCCUCCAUGGCGACCAGUGGCAGGGCCUCUUUCUGUCCUCUCUCUGUCAAAGGCUUGGUGGGCCAAUCGGAGUGGUCCAAGCAUUUCCCAGACUGUGGUGGUACAUCUCAGUCCCCCGUUGACGUGGUAACCACCCAGACUAAAUAUGACUCUAGUUUGAUCCCUCUGACCCCACUGGGCUACAGUCAGCACGGCAACAAACCUUUCACUCUGUACAAUAACGGACACACAGUUGUGAUUGAGAUGCCAGAGUGGAUGGGACUAGGGGGGCUGCCCUGGCUCUUUACAGCCGUACAACUGCACCUCCACUGGGGCAGUGGCGCCGGGCCCCGGGGGGGCAGCGAACACACCAUUAAUGGACUGAGUGCAGAUGCAGAGCUACACGUGGUGCACUACAACUCGGAGCUCUACCCCAAUAUGUCCACCGCGAUGACACAGAAAGAUGGCCUGGCUGUUUUAGGAAUUCUCAUUGUGACAGGUAAAGAGACAAACCCAGCAUUUAACAACAUCCUCAACUACCUGAGCCGCAUCAGACAUGCUGACCAGAAAGUGCUCAUCCCAGGCUUCGAUGUCCAGUCCCUGCUCCCUAAGGAUCUGGGACGCUACUAUCGCUACAAUGGCUCCCUAACAACACCGCCCUGCUACCAGAGUGUUAUCUGGACAUUAUUCCACGAAAGGGUUCAAAUCUCACAGGCACAGCUGUUGAAGAUGGAGACAAUACUUUACUCCAGUAAAGCUGAAGAGCAUGACAGGAUGCCGUUGCAGGACAACUACCGUACGACACAGCUGCUCAAUCACAGGGUCAUCUUCACCUCCUUCUCUGCAGAAUCAGGACAAGAACUCUCUCCUGGUGAAGUCACAGCCGUAGUGAUAGGGGUGAUGUGUGGCUGUGUAGGCCUAGCAGUAAUCGUUCGCUUCAUCGUGAAGACAAUACGAUUCUUUACACUCCUCCACCAUGAAACAGUUGUGGUAAACAGCUCUACCUCUAGCUGGGAUGUCCUUCUCAGUAACCGGCCUGCUCCCGUGCCCAGGAUGAAGGAGCCAGAAACAGCAAAUGAGAAAAGACAAGACAUGGCUCUGAACUCGACCUCUGAAGCAGAAAAGAAGGAGGAGCCCUCGCCAUCUCCUCAGACUGACUCCUAGGUGACAACAUGGCUCAAGUCCGGCCUCUUCCUCCCCCCUGUCAAUAAUGUUAUCACUGAUCAGUAACAAAAGCAGCAGGAAAAAACAUUUUAUGAAGAGUGAAUGAAGGAUGUAAUCUGGAUUCAGGACAAGUCAGCUGCUGCCAUAAUCACUUGUCUUCUUUUUUAAAUUUAUCUUUAAAAAUUCAAAUCCAGUGAUGUUGGCAGUGUUGGUAUCAGAACCUUUAUUCACUUUGCACAAGAAGAACCUGGUGUAUAUUUAUUAGUUUGGUGGUUCAGACUUGCAUGUUUGUGAUGCAUGAUUGUCUCAUGUAAAUACUUUGUAUAUUUCAUUGUUUUUUCCCCACAUUUUGCUGUUAUUUCAUCCUGUUCAUCCUACCUUGACACAUGCACACUGCACUGUAUGAGAUGUUAUAGACUUGUUUAUUGAUGAAUUAAUAAUCAAUGUAUUUAUGUUAUUUUGCCCCAUGACUUGAGCAUUAAAACAAAAUGGACAAUUUGGUUUUUAAAUAUAUGAGAGGUAAAUGAAAGCAAAUUCAAAUCCUAUGAUUAAGAUCUAAAGGAAUUAGCACAUUUGAUUAGUAUAUUCUGAUGCUGUUUGAAUUUAUUUCAGCAGAUUAUACUGUAAAUGGAGGAAUUACAUUUAUGUACAUGUGUUCAUUUUCUGAAAAAAUGAUUGUCGGUGCAAUAUACUGUAUGGUGUUUAUCUGAUUGAUUAUUCUGUUGUAUACAACUGGUCAGUAUGGGCACCACAUUAAAACACUUGAAUGGUAGCCUCACCUGUGUUAGAUUUUUUCCCCAUAGUGUGUGUAUCACAAAAAAACAUCACUGCCUCAUCCCACAAGUUUCUAAAAUUCAAGUCUUUGGUGAAGUGGUCUUAUUGACAUGCAGAUUUGUGUUGAUUUGUUGUGUGUCUUGUUCUCAUCACAUUUCCCAUGUUAUUUCUGUCAUGAUUCGGUUCCGCUGCUUCCUGUCCGGCUUUUAUUUUGACAUUACUUCCUGUUUUGUUUCACCUUAG